GUCAUUUUUACGAAAACAUUGGAGAAAAAUAACUUUCCAUUAAAUUUCUGUUUAUUUCAAAUUUAGAAGAAUUAUGUAUAAACAUGUAAUAAAAUGUGGUUCCAGAACGGCUUUAAAUGCAUGGAAAUCUAAAAAUGUUAAUAAAAGCAUUUGUCCCGUUAACCUAAAAUAUCCAAAACAAAACCAACUACAAUUAAAACAAAAACAACAGGGCUUGCAGCAGCUGCAAUUACAACAACAAAGUGAUUAUUUCCAAACGCCACUUAAGAAAUCUCCACCACCACCACCGCCACAACCAUCCCCAACAAUUCAAGUAGUAUCAACUUGCCAGCUGUCAACUCGAACCACCGUACACAUUCGGCAUUUGCAAAGUUAUCAUCAACGUUGUCGGAACGCGGCGGCUGUUGAUUUUAAAACAAUUCGUAGUCUCUCCACUUAUACUACUACUACCACCACCAAUACCACUACUACCGCUUGUGCUAAUAUAGUUGCUAACAAACCAAAACCUCAUUCACUUGUGUGUCGUGUAUUAACCCCAUCAACAUCGUCAUACAAUAAUUUGCAAACAUUUUCAUAUUUACUGAAAAAUACUACACUAUCGUUAGAGAAUUGUCAUCUAAAUACGCUUAUCGCGGGCAAACCAUACGUUAAAGUACAAAAACAAUUUUAUCGUGAUUAUUCUUCAAUAUCAUUGGGUGCACCACUUAAAAGCAGUGAAGCUCCCCUUUUAGGCGAUCUUUGUGAAAAAUAUCGAGCCAUUAUAAGUCGUACUUCAGCCGAUUUGGCAACACAAACUAAAACUAAAGAUACCAACGCAGUAUCUGCAGGAAAAGGAGGAAAUAUGGCCGCUAGUCAGCAGAAGGAAUUUCAACGUUUACCCACCAAUGUGGUGCCAACGCAUUAUGAAUUGGAAUUAAAGCCCAAUCUAGAGUCUUUCACUUUUGAAGGCAAAACUAGUGUACAAUUACAAAUUGCUAAAGCAACCAGUGAAAUUACAUUAAAUGCUUUAGAUAUCACUAUAAAUAGCAGUGAAAUCGAGGUGAAUGGUGAAAUAUUGAAACCACUUAAAGUUAGCUAUUCUACCGAAAAUGAAACGGCCACGCUGUUGUUUGAAAAAGAAUUACCCGAGGGUGUGGUUGGCAAAUUGAGUAUGUCUUUUACAGGCGAGCUUAAUGAUAAAAUGAAAGGAUUCUAUCGUAGUAAAUAUUUCACCCAAAGCGGUGAGGAACGUUAUGCUGGCGUAACACAAUUUGAGGCCACCGAUGCUCGCCGUUGUUUCCCCUGUUGGGAUGAGCCUGCUAUAAAAUCUACAUUUGAUGUGGCUUUAGUAGUGCCCGAGGAUCGUGUGGCGUUGUCGAAUAUGCCUGUCAAAAGUGAAGAUUCAUUGGCGGGUGGUUUACGUCGUAUUAGUUUUGAUCGUACCCCUAUUAUGUCUACCUAUUUGGUGGCUGUAGUUGUGGGUGAAUACGAUUAUGUGGAGGGCAAAUCAGAAGAUGGUGUUUUGGUUCGUGUCUACACGCCAGUGGGCAAGAAGGAACAAGGUUUAUUUGCUUUGGAGGUGGCCACCAAGGUUCUGCCCUAUUAUAAGAGUUAUUUCAAUAUUGCUUAUCCUUUGCCUAAAAUGGAUUUGAUAGCAAUUUCUGAUUUCUCAGCUGGUGCUAUGGAAAACUGGGGUUUGGUUACAUACCGUGAAACUUUUGUUCUGGUGGAUCCCAAAAAUACUUCCCUAAUGCGUAAACAAUCGAUUGCUUUGACAGUUGGUCAUGAAAUUGCUCAUCAAUGGUUUGGCAAUUUGGUGACCAUGGAAUGGUGGACACAUUUGUGGCUUAAUGAAGGCUAUGCUUCCUUUGUGGAAUUCUUAUGUGUUCAUCAUCUAUUUCCAGAAUAUGAUAUCUGGACCCAGUUUGUUACCGACAUGUAUACACGUGCUUUAGAAUUGGAUUCAUUAAAGAACUCUCAUCCCAUCGAAGUGCCUGUAGGUCAUCCUUGUGAAAUUGAUGAAAUUUUCGAUGAAAUCAGUUACAAUAAAGGAGCUUCGGUCAUACGCAUGUUGCACGAUUAUAUUGGUGAAGAUGACUUCCGCAAGGGUAUGAAUAUCUAUUUGACACGCCAUCAAUAUAAGAACACCUUUACCGAAGAUCUUUGGACUGCUUUGGGAGAGGCUAGUUCCAAGCCAGUGGCUAAUGUUAUGAGUUCUUGGAUUAAACUUAAAGGUUUUCCCGUUGUGAGUGUAGAGUGUGAGCAAUUGGAAGGUAAUAAACGUUUAUUGCGUUUAAAACAAAAUAAAUUUACUGCCGAUGGUUCGAAACCAGAUGGUGACUACACCUGGGUUAUACCCAUAACCGUUUCUACCUCGAAGAAUCCCAACAGUAUUGCCAAGACUUUCUUAUUAGAGCAGAAAUCAAUGGAAGUUGUAUUGGAAGAUGUUAGUGCUGAUGAUUGGAUUAAAAUUAAUCCCGGCACCGUGGGUUAUUAUCGUACCCGUUACUCCAAGGAAAUGUUGGAGAAAUUAAUGCCUGCUGUACGUAACAUGGAAUUGCCCCCCUUAGAUCGUUUGGGUCUUAUCGAUGACAUGUUUGCUAUGGUUCAAGCUGGUCAAGCCAGCACUGCUGAAGUUUUGGAACUCAUUGAUUCGUAUCGCAAUGAAACUAAUUAUACUGUAUGGACUGCCAUCACAAAUUCUUUGUCAAAUUUGCAUAUUUUAAUAUCACACACUGAUCUAAUGGAUCAUUUUAAUAAAUAUGGCGAAAAGCUUUACCGUCCAGUGGCCGAACGUUUGGGCUGGGAAGUGCGAGAGGGUGAAAAUCAUUUGGAUACUUUGUUGCGUAGUCUGGUGUUGUCACGUUUAGUAUCCUUCCGCUGUAAGGAUAUUAUUGCAGAGGCUCAAAAACGUUUCCGUGAUCAUGCCAAUAAUGUUUGCCCAGUACCAGCCGAUUUACGUUCUACUUGUUAUAAGGCCGUUUUACAAGAUGGUGAUCAAGCCAUUUUUGACGAAAUGCUUUCCUUAUAUCGCGCUACCGACUUACAUGAGGAACAAGAUCGUAUUUCGCGUGCUUUAGGUUGUAUUGGCAAUGUGGAUAUAUUGCGUAAAGUUAUUGAAUUUGCAAUGUCGGGUGAAGUACGUGCUCAAGAUUCUGUUUUUGUUAUUGUUGCCGUUGCUGUUAAUCCCAAAGGUCGCGAUAUGGCUUGGCAAUUCUUUAAGGACAAUAGUCAAAAACUAUUGGAACAGUAUCAGGGUGGUUUUCUAUUGGCACGUUUAAUUAAAUAUUUAAUUGAGAAUUUUGCUUCGGAAGAACGUGCCCUUGAGGUAGAGGAAUUUUUCAAAAACAAACAAUUCCCUGGCACUGAACGUACCGUAUCACAAGCUGUAGAAACAAUACGUCUUAAUGCCGCCUGGUUAGAAAGAGAUCGUGAAUCCUUGACAGCCUAUUUGAAAAAAGAAUAAAUGAAAGGCAGACAGAUGUAUAUGCUAAAAAUUAACUUUGCAAAUGAUAGAAUUAAUAUAAAAAAACCAUAAGCUACAACAUUAAAACCAAAGCCAUUUAUACAAACUA